GAGGCAUGGAAGAGAUGGGGCUUGGGUCUCUCUCUGCAGUGAAAUACAAAAUUGAAAGGGGUGUGCUUCUACUUGGAGCAGAAGUUACAGCAUACAACUGGUGAAAGAACAAGUCACUUCAGCAUCCAGAGCAGCCCUGGUGCUUUGGGUCAUCCCAUAUCACAUGUGCCCUGGUGUUAAGAGAGCCGGACAGACCUCCAGGCAGGCUCAGCCUCUGCCAGGAACAGACUGCAGCGCCUCGCCGGCCUGAGGACCUGGGGCAGCACUCAGACACUACAAGUGCAGGGGAGCUGGUUGAGAGGGAAGGGCACCCACGGGACUUACAGCUAGGUGAGCGCCAAUUCGUGAGCAAUGGAAGCCUGUUCUGGGUUACCAGGUGUAGUGGGUUUCAUGCUGGUCAAACAUCAAUGCACCCACUAGAAUUAUUUAUUAAUUUCCUGCUGUGAGAUGGAUUAGGAGGAGGGCAAAACAGGCUCAGAACUUUUAAGUGCAUAAAGAAAACUUUAUUAACAGAAUUAAAAGAAAAAUAUAAAAAGGAAAUCAAAAUAAACCUUCAGAACACUUCUCCUCCCCCCACACCCUCUUGUCUUUCCCACUGAAAACGUAAAGAGACAAAACCUGGGACUUUCAGUCAGUUUGCCACCUCUAAAACAGUCUUUCUUCAGUUCUCUUAGGGAGAGGAGUCUCUCUUGCCAUGCCAUGGAGACUUCUCCACAAGAAACAGUUCUCUCGUGAUUUUUAAUUUCCACAUAUAGCAGCUGCCCGGAAAGUUGCAAUUGUGAAGUCCCUCCCAUUUCUUGCAGCCUUCCCACAGCUGCCUUCAUGGGCCAUGUCAACUUAUGGGGUACUAUUUUAAGGAUGAGCUGUUCUAGUAUGAAGGCAAAAGCUCUUUUCAUCCAUCUCUGGGAACUGAGAUUUUCUUCUUUCUGUUCCUGGGCAAGGUUUCUCCUCUCUCUCACCUCUCUCUGUUCAAGAUUCUCAUUGGAUCACAGCAGCUGCAACAUCUGCUUUUUCAACACAGAUGCUUCUGCUCAUGGCUGUGGUUAGAACGCUCCAUGUCCCCAAUGCAUUCCAUGAAUUACAGGGAAAAACCAGUCUGAUAUACCAAAUAUAUCUUCACCAUAGCCUUACAAAAGAAUUUCAGCCCAAAAUUAAGGCGUCUCCUCAAUCCCCUGCUGUCUAGAAUUUGACUCCGUCUUCACUGGCCUCAGUGUCCCAUGUUGUUUUCUCUACGCGUCUCCACCCUUUCCUUUUCCUGAUUCAGGGGAGAACCAGUGUUUGUAGGCUCAUCUGUUUUCAAGCUUAAUCAAUUGAAACAGUUUUUAUAGAGUUCUGCAGUGCUGAAAUGUUGAUCUCAUCCAGGCUCUGCAUCAGAGAUUGCUCGCUGUGCCUCUCGCUGCUGGUUUCUGCUGACACCGUGCGAGCUGCGCCGGCCACUGGCUCUACUCAGUGCUUUUCUUCAUGGGGAGCACCGAAAACAGAAAAAGCUGCUGCUGCCAUUUUUGUGCUUCUGUCCACAGCAUGGCUGGCUACAAGCAGCUAAACAAACAAAAUUCAUUGUGAGCCAUGCCGAGGCAGCCACAGCUGUGUGCCGCUGUUCCGGUUCUGCCAAUUUUGACUGUGCAGUCCUGGCCAUGUGGCCGCUCCCGGUUUGGGAUGAUGGUGGCCACUCCCGGCCCCAGCUGUUCCUGGCCUCGGGGAUGCACCCAGAGCCAACUGUGGGGCCGCUCCCAGCGCUAGUCCCGGUCUCAUGGUUGCACCCAGUAUUGGGAUGGCCCCCAGCGGCAUGGUCUGGUGAAGCCGUUGGCAAAAAAGGACCAGCAGGCUCUGCCAGGAAGGGGCCCCAGGUGCCCCACUGGCACAGGGCCUGGUGGGCUUCCUGGGAAGGGGCCAGCGCCACAGCAGAGCCCGGUGUGGCCCGGCCCAGGCAGUGACCUGCUCAACGGCCGAAAGCCAAGAGACCUCCUGCCGCCCUGCGCUCGUUUUUAAACCUGCUUUGCCACAGAGCCGAGUGCAACUCUUCUUGAGUGGCUAAACCGGGUGUCAAUCUUCAAAGCUAGCCAGCUGAUUGGCUCUGGCGUGCCCCACAGGGAGCGGUGGGCUCCUCCCCAACGGAAGCGGAGCCUUUGCUGAAGCAGGACCGCGGGUAAGGCGCCACCUGCCCUGCUGAGAGCCUGCGAGGGGUCUGGUGCAAAAACCUAAUGUCCUCCAGGGACAGGAAGAAUGCUGAGGUGCAGAGGAAAUAAGAGACUUGUGGAGCAAUGAGGCUGUAGGCCCAAAGGUCUGUGUUUCCCCAGGAGGACAGGGCCCUUGUAGGUUGCCACCAAGCUCGGGGUGGCUUUGACACAAAACAGGUGUGUGGUCUGGGAUGAGUGCACCUGAUGGAAAAUAGUGGCUGUUCUCCCACACUGGUGUCCAGCCUGUCCACCAAACAUACCAGCUCCAUAGAUUGUGAGUGGUGUUGCACUUUGAAGAGCAGAGAGAUCUACUAACCCUGUCAUCUCUACUGUUGAUUCCUUAGGUGUCCCUGGCUGGGAACAACCCUACUUGCAGGGAGAGCCUUUCUCUGCUCUUCUCUUGUGCCCCUUAGGAAGAGAAGGGAAUUUGGUCAAUGACAUUAAGGAAUCCUGCAAAUUCUACCUUAAAAAACUACCUAUAUAGGGCCUGAAGGAAGGCAGAAAAAAACCCUGUUUGUAGGCAGGGAGGCAGCUGAGCUCUGCUGUGGUGGGUGGUGGGAGGUCUCAGCGUGAGGAGAUGGGCUGCAGUGCUUCACGCCAAACCACCCCCAGCUGCUCCACCAUGGCCUCAUUGAAUGCUCCCAGCCCAGCUGGUGGGUGGUACAGGCGGUCUGUAGUGUCUGGGAGGAGACAGAGAGCCCAGCCCAACCUGCCAGAGGGACAGCUCUGACAGCCACCCAGCAAGGUGGGUGGGAUGGGAUGCAAUAUUCCCCUCCUGCAGCUGACAGCUAAGUGAGAAAAGCCUUCCUUCGCCCACCACAGCCUAGUGCUCUGCCAGAAAUGAGCAUUAAUUCUGGCUGUUGCUCAUGAUUAACGUGGGGGUGGCCCUAAGAUUUACAGGGACCUGCCCCAAGGUGCCUUUGUGGCCAGCAGAGGACAGGGGGAUGCAGCAGGGGUGCUGUGGCAAGGGAGGGGAUGGUGAUGGAUAGAUGGAGGUGUGAGGGAGGCGAGUGGGGAUGAAGCAGGUGGCUCUGGGGAUGCAGUGCAGCCCUAGGAGAGAAGGAGCAGGCUCUUGUAGCCUAGCCCAGGCACCUUGGCCCCUGAGGAGAGCUCAGGCACACAUUUAACCUGGCUUCUGUUCAAGAACUGCUGUCAGGACUCAGAUUAGCAUGAAGGAUAUUUUCAGUCAAAUAUUUCUACAGUCCACCCCUUUCCCCUCCCUUACAGUGAUUGAAUUUGUUUUUUCCCAUAGUGCUCUGGAAGAGAGGAGGAGAGGAACAAGGCAGGGCAGAAGGGGUGUCCGGGCUCCCUGUGUGAGAGAGCUGCUUUGUGUCCAGUCAGCCCAGGACAACAUAGCCCCACCUUCCACAGAGGCCUGAGUCUUGCCUGGGCCAGGUGUCCCGAGCAGCUGUGAGGGCUGCAGGUAUCCAUCUCCUUGGUGAGAGGCAGAUACCUGCAGUGAUGGCCAGGCUGCUGGCCAGGACCUUCUGCUUCAAAGCUCUUUAUCAGGCUCCCAGAUGCCCUUCUGGGCUGAUGGCUGCCAGACCCUGGAGCCACGGGCCUCUCACUGCCUACAUGCCUGAAGCCAUCGCCUUCCCCAGACCCAAGGACCACCAAGAUUUGUACAAGGUGUCAGUGGAGCAGAGUGACAUCUUCUGGGGAACACUAGGAAGGAGCCGGCUCACCUGGAUCACCCCCUUCCACUCUGUCCAGGACUGCGACUUGUGCCAGGGCAGAGUCUCCUGGUUCCUGGGAGGGCAGCUGAAUGUGACAGUGAAUUGUCUGGACCGUCACGUCCAUGUAGCCCCAGACAAAGUGGCUUUAAUCUGGGAGAAGGAUGAACCUGGAGAGGAGGUACGGGUGACGUACAGAGAACUGCUGGAGCUGACGUGCCGCCUGGGAAAUACCUUGAAACGGCAAGGGGUGAAGCAGGGUGACAGGGUGACAAUCUACAUGCCCCCGUGCCCGCUGGCAGUGGCUAGCAUGCUGGCUUGUGCCCGCAUCGGGGCCGUGCACGCUGUGGUGUUUGCUGGCUUCAGUGCAGAGUCUCUCGCUGACAGGAUCCGGGAUGCCCAGUCAGAGACAGUGAUUACAGUGAACCAGGGGCUAAGAGGUGGCAAGAUUAUUGAGCUAAAGAAGACAGUGGACCAGGCUGUGGAGCAGUGCCCUGGAGUGAAACGGGUUCUGGUUUCCAUGAGGACCACAAGCAAGGUUCCCAUGACAGCUCUAGAUGUGCCCCUGGAGGAGGAGAUGAUGAAGGAGGAUGCAUACUGUGAGCCUGCUGUCAUGGACAGUGAAGACAUGUUGUUUCUUCUCUACACAUCAGGCAGUACUGGCAAACCCAAGGGUUUGGUUCAUUCCCAAGCUGGUUACUUGCUGUUUGCUGCUCUCACACACAAGUACGUGUUCGACUACCAGGACAGGGACAUCUUUGGCUGUGUGGCAGACAUUGGCUGGAUCACGGGACACACCUAUGUGGUCUACGGCCCCCUCUGCAAUGGUGGUACCACUGUCCUUUUUGAGAGCACUCCUGUCUAUCCUAACCCUGGCCGCUACUGGGAAACAGUGCAGAGGUUGAGAAUUAACCAGUUCUAUGGGGCACCCACCGCCAUCCGCCUGCUCCUGAGAUACGGCGACGAAUGGGUGAAGAAGUAUGACCGCUCUUCUCUUAAACUGCUUGGCUCAGUGGGGGAACCCAUCAACAAGGAGGCAUGGGAAUGGUACUUCCGUGUGGUCGGCGAGACACGAUGCCCAGUAGUGGACACUUGGUGGCAAACUGAAACAGGAGGCAUUUGUAUCUCACCCCGUCCUUCUAAUCCUGGAGCUGAAAUCCUUCCAGGCAUGGCUAUGAGACCCUUUUUUGGGAUCAGCCCCUCCCUCUUGGAUGACAAGGGAAAUGUUCUUCUGGAAAAUGAUGUCUCAGGAGCUCUUUGCAUCUCACAAGCCUGGCCCGGUAUGGCACGAACCAUUUACAAUGACCACAAGAGAUUUCUGGAAACUUACCUGACUUCUUAUCCAGGAUUUUACUUCACUGGGGAUGGUGCAUAUCGUACCAGUGAGGGCUACUACCAGCUAACAGGACGGCUGGACGACAUCAUUAGCAUCAGUGGACACCGGCUGGGCACUGCAGAGGUGGAGAAUGUUGUGAAUCACCAUGUGGCAGUGGCAGAGUCUGCUGUCAUUGGCUAUCCACAUGAGAUCAAGGGAGAAGGAGCCUAUGUGUUUGUUGUGCUGAAGAAGAAGGACAAUGGCUACACACAGGAGACUCUUGCUGCCGAGCUACAGGAGCUCAUCUCAAAGAAGAUUGCUAAGUAUGCAGUUCCAGAUUAUGUUCAGGUCACACACCGGCUGCCCAAGACACGCUCGGGUAAGAUUAUGCGUCGGGUGCUACGGAAAAUUGUGGAGGACAAGGCCAGUGAGCUUGGGGACCUAACCACCCUGGAUGACCAUGAGGCUCUGCAGCAGAUCAUAGAGGGACACAAGCACCUUGUGAAGCGGCAGAAGGGCCACUAGCUUGGCUCUGCCAGCAGCCACCUCCUCCUCCUUCACUACAAAACCAGGGAAAUAUCCAGAAAAGCCACUAAGCAAGUGGUGGUCAGUAAGUUCUCAUAUCACACUUCCAUUGCAGUCUUGAAGUGACCUCUCCACAACACAAGAGACCCUCAAAAGCUGCUUCCAUACACCCAUGUAGACAGAGGAGAGAACAUGACUCAUCAUAGGCAAAAGAGUAAGGGGAGAGAAGCUGUUUCAUUCCAUGAAAGCAGAGGGCAGAAAGCCCUCCUUGAGGUUCCUUGUGCCUUGCAGCAGCUGCAGAGGUAGCAGCAGGCAGGAUAUC